CCCUACUGGACAUGGUUAACAAGACAGUAAUCGCAGCUGCAGUAGUAACGUUAUUGGCUAUCGCUUUUUAUCUCAUAGCUCUUGCGACGCCCAAUUGGAUUUAUUCUGCGAAAACUGGGGCCUCAAUCGGUUUAUUUCAGAUCUGUGGAGUGAAUUCUGCUACUGGUGGUUGUGUUCCUUCGCAAGGUGAAUGGAUUCGUUAUCAUGUGCUAUCCGCAAAAGACGUUUCCGUAGCAAUUAACGUCUGUAUUGGAACACUGGUCGGGGCUGUGUUUCUUUCUUUCCUAUCUACUGUCAUCCUGGUUGUUAGCACUCGCAAGAACCUUUUGAGUGGGAAUUUAUUAGCGUUAACUGCAUCCGCUUUCUCGGUACUCUUUGUUGUCGCUGGAAUCAUUAUCUUUGCAACGAUGUUGGUUGAAGAUUCUGGAAAAAUUAAAAAGUUAUACCUUACUAAAGCAAUUGCGUUCGGAUAUAGCUUCAUUUUGGCAUGUAUUGGUGGAGCUUUAAAUCUCGUUUCUACUCUGUUAUGUGCAUUUGCAGCUUGAAAACAUCAGAGGAAAUAAAUUUGAAUUGACAUUUUUAUAGUCUAUUGUGACCACGUUUUUUCAUUAUUCUUGUUAACAAUGUGUAAAGCUACAA